UUUUCAUUUAGGAAAUCUGUUUUCUCUUCUUUUUUUUUUGUCUGUCUCUUUUAGAUGGCUGUGGAUGUAUUGGAGGGUCUCCUGGAGGAAGACGAUGAAGUUGUUCAGGUUUGGUAUCUGUCCGGCUGGGUGUGCUACCUCCAGUGGGAGAAAGCGAAACAACUGCAGGAAAGAGAAGGAGGAGAAGCAACAGAGGAGAAUAAGGAAGAGUGGACGGCUCUGCAGGAUGCUGCUAGGUCAUACCUGACUAAUGCUAAAAAGCUGUACAGUAAGCUGCAAUGUGACGACCAGCCGAUGCUGGAGCACGCAGAGCAGCUGCUGGGCGAACUGGGAGGAGAGAUGGAGGCGGAAGACGAAGUCCCUGCCUUGGAUGACGACUACGAACCUUCCAGUGACGACGACGAGGGCGCCAAAGCAGAGACCCCCAUGGAGCACUGACUGCACCCCAUCCUGUGCUCCUCUAGUUUUUGUGCUCUCUUCAAAGUGCCUUUUUUUUUUUUUUGUACCGGCUUUUCAAAGAUUAAAUUGAUGUGCACAAACAGAGCGGCAUUAAAAAUCUACCCGAUCUCUUUCAGUUAAGUUGUUAAAUGCUUUUGUCGAAAUAAGUGCAUACUUGAGUAAUGCUUCCCUUAAUCUCCUCGACGGAUGCCGAUGAAAGAAAUUAGUUUGUAGAGGUUUAAUUCUCACCAGCAGCCCCUGAAUGCGUUUACCUCUGCCGCACACCCACACAGAGUUUUGUGCGAGCAGGAAUGCGCUACACACGCACGCACACACACCCACAAAUAACAAAAACACAAAAGAAGCUUGUUAAUUACUUCUUUUUUUCUCCCCACAGCACAACAAGCAGAACCGUGUUUUCCCUUUUAGCAUUGUCAGAGCUGCCCAGUUAUUAACACUUCAUGCUAUUUUUGCAUCUACUGUGAUUUUUAAUGUCCAGUGUUUAUGUAAAUGCUUGAUUUUUCAUGGUAUUCGGUUUAUGCUUCUGUCUCAUUUUCCCUUUCCUUUUAGUUGGAUUCAGUAAGAUAGGACAAUAGAGCGAAUUUGACAUCAACUCGUGCAGAGUUUGUUUCUCUUUCUCUCUCUCCUUUUCUGCUCGAGUUUUCAAAGUGACUUGCAUAAAAGAGAAAUGAGCGAAUGACUUUUUAGCACAAGCGUUCACAUAACGUUCUUUUUUUUAAAUAGUUUUCAUAGUGUUAGGGACAUAAAAGCCUGGGUUUGCAUAAUGGCCUUCAACUAUUUUCUACAAUGUAUGAAAUACAUAGUGCCGCACUGUAUGAAGGUGCUACAAAUGGCUGGCUGUGGCCAAAGGUGCUUGGAGAAUGUCUUUUGCCCCAGCGGCACUUAACUAUAAGUGUAUUGCCUGUGCACAAAUUUAUUCUUUCAGAGCAGAGAAAUGAGUCAGAAAUGAAAUCUCUAAAGCUUAGAGCCUCUUCUGGCUUCAAAUCUAAAAAUAAAUAAAUGAACACAAGCAUCUUUGCUCUAACAAAACUUAGAAUAUCCAUUGCAUCCAUUUAAUUAGCAUGUUUUAAACUCUAACAGCACUAGAUCAGAUUUUGGCUUUAGUCCUCUAAUUAUGUUACAUUUGUACUGUAUUUCUUUAAAACCACGCAGGACAAAUGUAUUCCAAACCAAAACAGCAGCAAUGUCACAACAAUCCGCAAUAAAAGAAAAAAAAAACUGCUAAAAUGUCAAAAACCACAACUGUGUCGUUAAGCUGUUGUACUACUCCCAAUAAAAUUACUUUGUAAAAUUA